AUGCGUGCCUUGCUUCUUCUUUCAAUCGCCAUUGGAAGUUGGGCUGCGCGUUCUAAGCGUUCUCGACCAACUCCAACCCCAUCUCGACCUAGUCCAACGCCAUCAUCUCCGGCGUCGAUCGGAUUGGGGUCAACAGCAGAUAGAAGGAAGCGGGAGAGAGAGAAGCGAGAAGCGGCAGAUGAAGAGCUCGAAAAGCGCGCCAGGAUCGAGAAGGAGAUAGAAGCGAGGACAGAUCGAGAGGCAGAGGACAAGCAAGCGAGAAGAAGUGAGAUGAAGGUAAAAUGCACUGAGUUGGAACAAGAUAGAAAGAGAACGCAGUGGGUUGCGUUUGGGCAUCGCAGUGACAAGAAGAAGGUAGAGGGUAAGCACUGGAAAAUCCCUGGCUCCGGCCCUCCAGAGGAUGGAGAGUUUUACACUCACAAGGGCUCGAUCGGAGUGAUCACAAGGGCCAACAGGGGAAGGGGGAUGAGGGUAGCAGUCAUUUUGCUCACCAAUGGGGUGAGCAGAGAGGUCAACAAGAAGGACCUCACGGGAGCGGCUCCCGCCGUCGACCUCGAGAUGGAGCUCGAUCAAGUAGCAAAGUAUAUAUGUAGGGCAGGUAGUCUAAGAAUCAUUUUCAAAGGCAAGCCUGGCUUGUUGAUCUGGAGCCGUGGCUGGAAUAGCCAGAACAGAGAAUUCUUCAUCAAAACAGACGAUGGAUCGUGCAACUUCAUCGUCAAUGAUGAAACGAUAAAAUCAAUGACAAACAAAGCUGAAGUAUGUUGGUUCCAGCAGCCAGCGAAGAUUGUCAAGAAGAAGCAAGGCGAAGAAAAAGAAGAAGAAGAAGAAGAAGAAGAAGAUUUCAGAGGAUGCAUUAAAGGAGGCAGUUUUAGAUGCCCUAAAUGUGGAAACAAACUAGGCCUCGGUGGUUGGGCGCCAGGGAUAACCCAUGUGCUUUCCAUCGGGUAUGAAAGGAUCAGCCAGCUGGAGGGUGGCGUGAUGGAAAUUUUAGGGUUUAUGGUGACAGAAAGGACAGUGACUUCAUUUGAUUUGGCCGAACGGUAUUGCAAUGGAAAUGAUGUGCAAGUUGGUUACGUCGAUAAGGUUCGGACAUUAUUACGACAGGAUGGCAGCGUACUACAGCGCCUGUCAAAAGGCACAAGCUUCUCGGGUGAAUAUUUCAAAAUAGACCACACCUUCUGGUCCUCGAAAUUUGUCCACGGGGAGAAGAAAGCCAGGUUGUUCUCGAGCCUCUUUGGGGUUAUGAACGAGCAUCAAGAGGUCGUUGCUGCUUUGUUCACCAGGACAAAGAGCCUCAAGGAGAUGGAACCCAUGUUUACGAAGUUGGCGAAGAGGUGGCAAGCCAACCAAUGGCUCCUUAAAGGCGUAUACACCGACCAGCCGGACAAGGACGAGCGCUUCCUGAGGGAGAUAUUCCACGAUGCGCUGCGGGUCUUGAAAGACCCAUUUCAUGUCAUGUAUGACUACAGCGGAGUAUGCUCGGGCAAGCACGCUUUGAAGUGGAAGUUCUUGAGCGAGCUCAGCCUCGCCAUGCUGCCCAUCGACGACAGGGACAAGGAGUACUGGGAGAAGAGGCUUGUGGAGGAGGGUGAGUUCACUAGAGAGCAGCUCGCGGCCAAGCCUGCGGCCUGGUGGAAACGCAGGUGCAGGCGAUGGAUGCCCGACUCAGCUGAACUUUGGGAUAGGGUAGAUAAGGUGGUACGCAAAUAUAGAGAUGCUAAGGAUCGGACGGCUCCAGAUAGAGCCUUGUAUUUGGCAAAUUUUGAAACCAUUCACGAGAGUACCAAGAGCCUCUGUCGGGAAGGCCUCUUGGGCGACCCGACAUGCGAAAACAUGUACUUUCUAGUAAGUGAUGAUGGCGAGAACCCCAAGUUUGUCACGAAGAGAGGGUCGAGCCAGCUCGAGGCGCUCUGGCGGGCGAUGGAGGCUAUUUGCACAGGGCCGAUGUGCAGUGCGGAAACGAUAGAUAACGCCCUAAUUGAUUUCGUAGCCAUGUGGAACAUAGAAAAGGGCAGGAAAAGGACAGGGGGUGAUGCCCUCAACACAUGCGACGUGGGGAUGAUCAUGAACAUCAAAAAGAUGAGUAACUCCCUGUUUAACAUGGAUCCAUUUCCCUCCCUGGCGCUAGCGAGUCAUGAUGAUAAAAACCCCAAUGAUAAGAGCACCGACUUUUGGGGAGCAGGCCACGAUCAUCGAGGCAACGAAGCUGCCCGCAGCUGCGUGCAAUUCAUGCUGGAUUAUGCCACAAAGGAAGACAAAGAAUUCACAAAGGAGACGUACAUGGACAGGAUGACGUCGUGUCGUGGGUUCCCGACACCAAUUAAAACAAAAGAAGAAAAAGAGCUGUACAAGCAGCUAGAAGAAAAAUUCAGGAAGUCAUGGAAAACCAGUGAUGAUGUAGAUUUUGGCAGCAUGCAGGCCGAGUGGAACAGGCUCUACUGCCUGUGUGUGUUAGGAGGCGGCACGUACGUCUACCCUAACAUCCAGCUAAAAGACAUAGGCCCAAAAGACUCAGCUGCCCUGAGAUCAGAGGCCAAAAGAGUCUUUACCAACAGGAUGAACGCGGACAGCUUCUUCGAGAAGAAGGCGCCGGACGACGAGGCAGAAGCAUGGGCUUCUUCAUUGGACAGGUAUCUAUGGGGCUUGACUCGAAGUGCAUGCAUGCGCCCAGCGCUGUGGCGCAUCGAUCGCUCCCAUCAGAAGAAAAGCCUCCAGACCUGGAGGGGCUUGACUCGAAGUGCCCAUGCUGCCAAAGCAAGAGCAAACACCCAAGGUGGUGUGCCUUUGCGGCAGCCCUUGCCAUAUGUUAUUGCAAAGAGCAAUGGGAAGAAGGAGAGGCAGGCAUGGAAGGACUUGCCAGCACAAGAAAAAAAAAAGUGCCAGGACAAGGCAGACGAAUUAGAAAAAACAGUGUUAAGGUACAGGGUUCAGAAUUCUGUCCCAGAGAAGGGUGCUGAUGGAGUGAGACGAAAGACUGGGGCUCCUUCGCCUGCUGCUCCUCCUCCACCUGCUCCUCCACCUCCACCUGCUCCUCUACCUCCACCUGCUCCUCCACCUGCACCUCCUUCCCUUCCCCCAGCUGCUUAUAAAAAGCCUGAUACAAAGCCUGAUAAAAAGCCUGCCUCGAAAGACUCUUACACCUCAGCAAAAAUGGCUAAGCAUUAUGCAGAUCAAAAAGCCGGAAGAAGGCAAGUGAACUAUGAAGUUGAAAUGUUUGACAGUGGCUCUCGAAGUCUGGAUCAUGCUUUAGGGAGCUUGGUUUCGAUGGGCUUCCCGCCAUGUCCGUUGGACGAGAAGCUCCCGAAAGAACUGGAAUGGAGAAGUAAAGGAAUGAUAAGGGCAAUAAGGACAAAGAAACCCCUCCUAAGGAUGAGAAUUGUAGACUAUUGGGACCAUGGAUCAAGAAGGGCCACACAGCUAGUUUCCUGGGCCAAAGAGAUGAAGUUCAGUACUAUAAAUGACAUAUACACUGGUCUGCAAGAGGGUCCAUCUUGUGGCUAUAUAGCCGCCAUUGUUGCCACUCAACUGUCUAGUAAAGACAACUUCAUGGAGGUCAUGUCAGACCAUCUCAUCCAGGUUUCAGUUAAUAAUAUGAACAAUAUCAUCCCAGGUGCAAAUGAGGUUCUGUCCACCCCGGGUACUUCGGCUAGGUUCAUCACCGGAACCGAGGUCAUGACGCUGUGCCAUCAGUACGCCCCUGGGGGCUUGGACGACGCACACCUGCCGUACACGCUCAGCUGGGAUGAGCUCCUUAAGCGCAUCGCGCAGGACCUGGACGCGUGCCUGGUCAAGGGCGAGAGCUCAAGGAAGUGCAUCAUUGCAAACUUCGACUCGGCGGACGCUCCCUCUGGCGGAGUGCACUGGUUUACGGUGAUGUACGAGAUGGACGCUAGGAAAUUUUAUGACCGUGGGCCCCCAAAAGCCCCCAACACCAUAUUACCUAUACCGAAGGAAGCAAUUUUGAUGCGAGGUGGCUGCCACUUUGAUCCCGUUUUCCGCUCUUCGCUCGCGGUCUUCGCUGCCCUUUUGCCGAAUUUGACUGAUCCAUGCCAUUGCAGAAGCAUGAACAAAGGCAGCACCUUCCCAGAGACGGUGAAGAGAAAGCGCGGCGGUGCUCGGAGCACCAACGUCGCCGCCGCACGCGAUGCGUGGUCAGCAAAGUGCACCAACGCUUGGUUGGAUGUUCUUGCAAGCCAAGAGCCUGCGCAGCAGCAGCCGGACCCCUUGCCUUUUAAAGAGCCAGGGAAGACCCGACUAACCGCGCCGCUCGCUCGAGCGUUCAUGCUGACAUACGCGACGUAUGCAGAUCAGGGAAGUAGGCUUCCAUCUGACAUGGUGGCAGUGAGAGCAGGGAUCAUCCGAGCCCGUGCGCUUGGCCUGCCGCCAUGGUAUGCACCUGCGAUAGUGCUGGUGAAGUAUGGACCGUGCGUCGAGUGGAUGGUGGACUGCAUGGCUUACGGCUUUGGUGGACUAACAAGGCCUCCCUGGAACAAGCUGAGUGACAACGCAGAUUUUCUGGUGGCCUGUGCGAUAGAGGUGAGGCGCCGCUACAUCGAAGCCGAAGCUGGCAGCGAGGAGCUGGGCCAUUGGAAGGCUAGCUAUCAUUGUGCAAAUGGGAAGAUGGGCCCACAUGCUGUGGGUCCUGAGUUUGUUCAAAAGGGUGAGAAAAAGGGACAACCUUCGCCCAUCCGAGCCGGCUACGCUGCGAAUAUGGGCUCACUCGCAAAGGACCGCGACCUUCAUAGGUUGAUGUCAGAGCUUCAAGAUGGCCAGGUUGGCCUUGGGUCACUACAGGCGAUCUCGGAAAAGCUCAAGGCCAUCUGGACGUCGCCGUACGUCGGUGAUUGGGUCGUGCGGACAACGCUCUGGUGCUCCUGCAGCUGCGAGGACACAGCAAGCCUCGAGCAGGAAACGAGGAUGUUCGACUACUCGGCGACCUCCUCGCCCCUUUUGUGCGCGAAACCGACCAAUCAGCACAUCACCCCGCUCGAGGCGCGGCGGGCCUUCAAGCGCUCCUCCCCCUUCCUACUUGCCAUGCACCUUUGCUUUGCAGAGAGCAUGCAAGAACUACUCAAGGCGAAGGUCCCUGGCGUACGGACCUCCCAGGGCGCCGCCGAGUGGCUCGAGUCGAAGGUGGGCCUGAGGGCCCUGAAGGCCGCGUACGCCCGCACGAAGCGCCGCGCCGGCCUCGAGCCGCAUCCGAGAGUCGUGGUCGGCGCACUGGAGUUCACCUAA